AUGUCUGAAGCGGAGCAGUGCAUUAUAUGCCUGGAUCCUCUGCCCCGUCCCUCGGCUGCCCUCCAAGCUCCAGCUGCCCUCACUGUAGCUGCGAGUGAUGCUGCUGGUGGUGUUUCUGGCGGCGAGCCCGCAUCCGCACCCGAGCCCGCGCCUGUUCCUACCACAACCUCCACAGCCUCAGAUGUUCUUGAGAACGACUCCAAUUAUCUGAACAUAGUUGCGUCACUUGACGGGUGUAAUCACAUUAUUCAUGAUGCAUGUAUUCGUUCCUGGGCGCAAAAGACAAACACAUGUCCCAUUUGUCGUAAUCCCUUCCAUUCAGUUCGAGUGUACAACGGGGUCGAUGGUACCGCAAUUUCGAAAUACGAUGUCCAAGAUAAAAAACAGGUUGCUGAAUUCGAUGUAAGACAGUGGCUUGGCGAAAACCCCGAAGACGAAGAGGAGGAAGAGCAAGGCAACCCAUGUCCUAUUUGCAACUCUUCAGAGAGGGAGGAUGUUCUUCUCCUGUGCGAUAGCUGCGAUGCAGCCUACCAUACGCAUUGUAUUGGUCUUGAGGCCAUUCCAGACGGCGAUUGGUAUUGUAUGGAGUGCUCUCACCUUUUUCAACUGGUGGAAGAGCCAAGGACCACUGAAUCUGGCGAACAAUCUCCUCGUCCAUCAUACGUGCGACGUCCGAACCCCCGAAAUGUUCGUGGUUACCAUGUACGAACUCGAGCACGACUAAGGCGAGCCCGUCGACAAGCUCGAAAUGUUGAGUGGCAAGGCGCCUGGGGCCAGUUUUCAGGGCGGUUCUACGAGAUGAGCGACUUGGAUUUGGACAACCACGAUGACGAAGAUGAGGAAUUAGAGCAGUACAGGAGAUUCCAGGAACUUGGGCGACGCGAACUCGAACGCUGGCAGCAAAGAAUGGAUAUUGCCCGUCGCCUGGGCGCUCGUGACGUAUUUAUAAACAACAUACCUUCUGCUAUUAGCGAACGGCUUCAGUCAGCACCAGAGCCAGUACAAGAAACGGCUGACGAAAGACGAGCUUGGGGCGCUUUGGAACGCGCUCGCGAAACGGAUGAACCCAGCACCACUUCUCGCAAGCGCAAAGCACGGUCUGUGACUGCGUCUCCUCGCGAUCCCGUUCAAGAGCCGGAAAGGAAGCUUAAGCGCCCUCGAACACGUCGCUUGCCCACCCAAAAUGGUGAAGGUUCAAGCUCUGUAUCUUCUCCAGCGCCGGCUGGGCCCUCGUCAACACGAGGUGUUCCCAAUGGAUCGUCAUCUAGAAACGGCAUUGUCGAUCAUAGCAGUAUCGAUCCUCCCUUGGUUUCAUCACUACUGAAAGAACUUGAGCCUAGCAUCAUGUCUGAGGACGAGACAAUGACUACUAAUGGGUGGCGGCAUGCACCAGAGGCUUCAUCCCCAGCCCUCUCCCCAGCAAUAUCUCCGUCCCCAUCAAAUUACAGUAGCCCACGGGCUCUUUCUCUUACCCCUCCCCCUAUGCCAAACUUCAACGGCCGACCAACUUCACCAACACUCUCGCUCAGCAGUACUAUUCAACCUCGUUACGCCCCCGCGAAUUAUUCACCGACUCGUUCAAAUCGUGACCACGGCGAUUCAGAGACGCGUUCAACCAGACCCCAUGCAAACUAUUCCCCGACUCAUAUAAGCAAUGGCCAGUCCGAUUCAGAGACGCGCUUGGUGAAGGUCCCAGAAAGCCGACCGUUAGAACUACGACAACCACGGCCACGCCGUCCAUCUGAGGUACCAGCUCAAAAAGAGGAACAACCAUCAGCAGACUCCAACAUCACCCAGGAAGAUAAAAUCAGCAUAAAUGAGAUUGUCAAGGGCGCAUUACGACCACACUGGCGGUCUAGAAAACUAACAACGGAACAAUACUCGGUUAUCAACAGGGACAUUUCAAGAAAGCUUUAUGACGAGGUGAAAGGCGCGGCAUCUUUGACCGAUGAAGCCCGACGGCAAUGGGAAAACAGAGCAACUAAGGAAGUUGCUCAAGCAGUUGCAGAAUUGUCUGCUUAG